AUGAUUAGACAGACCACGAACACCAUCCGUGAUAGCCUUAGCAAGCGCCCGGCCUGCCUACCGGAUAUGCUAUGGCAGAUACUGCGUGCCCACUGCCCCAUCCGGACUGUCGAAGAGGAGCAGCAAAAACAGUUCAAAGAUACAAAGCCCUACAUCGUUCCGGACACUACAUUCGCGAGAACCGUUAACCGAGCACUACAAGCCUGCUUCGCUCUGCUAAAGUUCACCGAUCAUAUUCAGGUAGUCUACAUCCGAGGCUCAACCGGCAAAGUCGACGUUUACUUUAACAAGGGACAGGGUACGCUAAAGAUACACUACCGAUAG